GUUGUGGUUACAAAUUGCCAAUCAGUUUUUCUCCCAAUUUAUCCAUCCUCUUCCUUCAUUCUGCUCUAAAAAUUCUCUCUCUUACUCUUCCUCCCAUGUGGAAUGACCUGUAACUCUGAAUUAAACUAUUAUUUUUUUGUCUUCAAUUUUUUUUUUAUCCCCCAAUAAUCAUGGAGACAUAAUAAUUUCACUUCCCUUAAUCUUGAUUCUAAAAAAGAUUAAAUCUUUUACAAAAUAAUUAAAAAAAACCCACCGACAAAUCCCCACCAAAACCGAGCUUAAAUACCCAAGAUCUUCAAAAAUUGUUGAUUAAUCAUCAUAACCCAUCUCUUUUUUUUUUUUUUUUUUUUUUCUUUUAGUAGUAAGGUUAAAAGAAAUUAAUAUAAUGUUUUGGUAAAGUUUCUAUCUUUUCUGAAAAAAAGAAAAAAAAAUGGAAGGGGGAAGUUGUAGUAUAGUAUGGUUUAGAAGAGAUUUAAGGGUAGAAGAUAAUCCUGCACUUACAGCAGGAGUAAGAGCAGGGGCUGUUUUUUGUGUUUUCAUAUGGGCACCUGAAGAAGAAGGUCAUUAUUACCCUGGAAGAGUUUCAAGAUGGUGGCUUAAACAUAGUUUAGCUCAGCUUGAUUCUUCUUUAAGAAGUCUUGGUACUUGUCUUAUUACUAAGAGAUCUACUGAUAGUGUUUCCACUCUACUUGAUGUUGUUAAAUCUACUGGUGCUUCCCAGCUCUUCUUCAAUCAUUUAUAUGAUCCUUUGUCGUUGGUUAGAGAUCAUCGUGCAAAGGAAGUCUUAACUGCACAUGGUAUAUUAGUUCGCUCUUUCAAUGCGGAUUUGUUGUAUGAACCUUGGGAAGUUGUUGAUGAGAGAGGCCAGCCAUUUACUACCUUUACAUCUUUCUGGAAUAGAUGCCUUAGCAUGCCUUUUGAUCCCGAGGCUCCACUCCUUCCACCUAAAAGAAUAAUUUCCGGAGAUGUGUCGAAGUGCCCAUCAGACACAUUAGUCUUUGAAGAUGAUACAGAAAAGGGCAGCAAUGCAUUACUUGCUCGAGCCUGGUCGCCUGGCUGGAGCAGUGCUGAUAAGGCUCUUACAACUUUCAUCAACGGAGCAUUAAUUGAAUACUCGAAGAAUCGGAGAAAGGCUGAUAGUGCAACAACCUCCUUCCUUUCGCCUCACUUGCAUUUCGGAGAGGUCAGUGUUCGAAAAGUCUUCCAUUUGGUUCGUAUCAAGCAGGUCUCGUGGGCAAAUGAAGGGAACACUGCUGGUGAUGAAGGUUGCAAUUUAUUCCUCAAAUCUAUUGGUCUGAGAGAAUAUUCAAGGUAUAUGAGCUUCAACCAUCCAUACAGCCACGAGAAACCUUUACUCGGGCACCUAAAAUUUUUCCCUUGGGUGGUGGACGAAAGCUAUUUUAAGGCUUGGAGACAAGGAAGAACAGGUUAUCCUUUGGUUGAUGCUGGCAUGAGAGAGUUAUGGGCUACUGGUUGGCUACAUGAUAGGAUACGGGUUGUUGUCUCGAGCUUCUUUGUGAAGGUUCUUCAACUUCCGUGGAGGUGGGGCAUGAAAUACUUUUGGGAUACCCUUUUGGAUGCAGAUCUUGAAAGCGACGCCCUUGGCUGGCAAUAUAUUUCGGGUACCCUACCUGAUAGCCGUGAGUUUGACAGAAUUGAUAAUCCUCAGUUUGAAGGCUACAAGUUUGAUCCUAACGGAGAAUAUGUAAGGCGAUGGCUUCCUGAACUUGCAAGGCUACCAACCGAAUGGAUCCAUCACCCUUGGAAAGCCCCAGAAUCUGUAUUACACGCUGCAGGGAUAGAGUUAGGAUCAAAUUACCCUCUUCCCAUCGUAGAAAUUGAUGCUGCAAAAGUAAGACUCCAAGAAGCACUUGCUAGCAUGUGGGAGCAGGAAGCAGCGUACAGAGCUGCAAUCGAAAAUGGGACAGAGGAAGGGCUUGGUGAUUCAGCCGAAGAACCCAUCGAAUUUCCUCAAGAUUUACGGAUGGAUAUUGAUCGUGAACCUGUGAGGAAUAGUAAUAACCAAAAUGAUGUGAACCGGCGUCAUCUAGACCAAAUGGUGCCUAGCAUCACCUCGACCUUGUUUAGGGUUGAAGAUUACGAAACUUCUUCAGAAGUUCAGCAGUAUUCGGUGGAAGAUGGGAGAGCAGAAGUCCCUAGAAAUUUUAACGCGGAUCAGGAAAGAGGGACACGAAACGAAGGAGUUAUGCCUACUCGUAGUCCUAGAAGAUAUAACACGAUUCCACCACAGCAGGUAAACCUGAAUGUAGAGGAGUCUACAGCCGAAUCAUCAAGUACAACUGGUGGUAGCCGAAGUAGUGGGGUUGUUCCUGUUUGGUCCCCCUCGAGUUCUACCUUUGCGGAUCAGUAUGUAAAUGAUGAAGCAGUGGGACCCAAUUCCUCGUUCGUGCAGAGGAAUCCACAGUCUCAUGAGCUCGUGAACUGGAGACGACUUUCUCAAACUGGGACAUUGCCGGAAAACAAACAUGGAAAACAGUAAUGGUUAAAGAUUAGGAGAAGCUUAUUAAGUUAAGAUGAUUUUGGGACAGCACCUGAAGAUAGAACAUUGUAUAUCCUGAUACUAAGGACAAGUCGUAUGGGAUCGAGAUCUUGUAUUUCUGCACAUCCCCAUCACCCCAUGUAUUCGCUGAAAGCAGACAUUGUCCUGAUGUCGUGAUAUCUAAAAGCUCGAUGAAUGUUGGCUUGUACGAUAUAGUGUGUAGUUUUGCUGUGUACAGUUGUAGUGCCCGUGCAGGGAAAGAAGAGUUAUCGUAGGAUGUGUAGUGUAGGUCUCGAAUAAAUCCCAGGCUUGCUCGUUAUAUAUAUAUAUAUAUAUA